AUGAUAUCGCAACGAGCGAUGCUCGUUACGAUGGUAUUUUCUUGCACGACUAUGCUGAGUUGUCUUAUUGUAAUGUCAUUAAUUUACAACGAUAUUAGCAAUAUUUGGGCUGAACUCGAUUCUGAAAUGAAUGCUUUCAAGAUUAUAACCGAUGAUAUGUGGAAAGAUAUGGUAGGUCUUGGCGCCGGUACUCCAUCGAACCGAGAGUUGCGUCAAUCUGGCUAUGGUUUUGAUAAUGGUGGGCAAUUGAAGAAAGAGUAUGGUGAAGAACGAUUAGUUACUAAUAAAACGUGCAAUCUAGAGAAUAUUUGUCCACCUGGUCCACCGGGGCCUAAAGGUGAAAAAGGGACGGAUGGCGAAGAUGGGCAUCCUGGGAAGGAUGGUAUCGAUGGUCUUGAUGCUGAAGAUAUGAAGCAAGAAGCACCAAAUGGUUGUUAUAAUUGUCCAGAAGGUCCACCUGGACCAAAUGGCCCAGCGGGACGCCCAGGCAUUCGAGGGCCUCGAGGCCCGAAAGGAACACCAGGGAUGCCCGGAAGAGAUGGAAAUCCCGGACCGCCAGGAGAAAUGGGCCCGCCAGGACCGCCUGGAAUCAAUGGGAAACCAGGAGAACCAGGCGAGAAAGGUCAUGAUUCUGAAAGAGUGGUUGGAAGAAAAGGAAAUCGAGGGCCACCAGGGGACCAAGGACUCGAAGGGCCUCCCGGUGAAAAAGGCAAAGAUGCCCCACCUGGAGAAGAAGGUCUUCCCGGCUCACCUGGACAACCAGGAUUUCAAGGACCACAGGGCAGCGAUGGUGAAGAAGGUCCAGAAGGUCCACCAGGAAAUCCGGGAAAAGAUGCCGAGUAUUGUCCAUGCCCACCGCGAGAAGGUGGUGGUCGAAGCUUCCAAGAAGUCCACGGAACUGAACGUGGAGGUACAGUCAGCGAUGAAAAACAAGAAUAUGGUGCUAAAAGCGAGAGUCAAAGUUACAAUUAG